AUAACUAAUGUCGACGCUACAAGCAGCACCAUGCGAUUGCUACUUUUUAUAGCCGUUCUGUGGAAAUUUUCUGUCCAUAAAGCACUGACAUGUUUAACAUGCGACGACGUUGUGCAGCCACGCCAUUGCACCAUGGUUAUGACCUGCCCAGAUAAUGAGGUGUGUUUCGUUGAAAGAAGAGUCAAUUCUUUUGGUGAAGAAGGUUACACUCUUGGCUGUAUGCGAGAUCAAGUGUGCAGAAACUUAACAUCAACAUCUCCAAAUAGUCGAUGCUCACAAUGCUGUAGUAAAGAUCUGUGUAAUCACGAAGGUUGUGGUGAGCCUGGUUAUCUCGACAUUCGGGGGCCCGUUUGUUACAACUGUAUAGCCGGAGUACCCGAAGGUCGGUGCCAUCACAUCGACAUAUGUCGCCCAGGAGAGAUCUGUAGCGUCAGUGGCAAAGGCAUGUUUGGAACAACUGUGUUUGCAUCGAAAUGUAUGCAGAAAGACACCUGUGGAACGCAUCUGGAAUAUGGAUUAGAGAUCAUUGGAAAGCGUGGUCACUUGUCAGGGUCAGGUGUACGUUCGUACGACGUUCAUGACUGCAUCCAGUGCUGUACUGCAGACCUUUGUAACAAGAACUGUCAUAACAGCGUGGACGGUCAAUGGGGUUCAUGGGGCUCGUGGUCCUCAUGCAAUGCUCGCUGUAAUCAGACACGAUCUCGACCCUGCAACAACCCCGCGCCGGAACACGGCGGAAGGAAUUGCGAUGGCAAUUCGACACAAAUUCAAAGCUGUGUAGAUACAUGCCAAGUGGACGGUCAAUGGGGUUCAUGGGGCUCGUGGUCCUCAUGCAAUUCUCGCUGUAACCAGACACGAUCUCGACCCUGCAACAACCCCGCGCCGAAACACGGAGGAAGAAAUUGCGCUGGAAAUUCGACGCAAACUCAAAACUGUGUGGAUAAUUGCCAAGUAAGUGACUGCUACGAACUGCACAACAUUGACCCCACGCUUUCAAGUGGCGUGUACACCAUUAUCAUUCCACUCUCUCACACGCCAAUUCAAGUGUAUUGUGACAUGGAGACGGACGGAGGAGGAUGGACGGUUUUUCAAAGACGUUUCAACGGCAGUGUGGAUUUUUAUCGGAACUUCAGUGAUUACGAAAACGGAUUUGGAUUUGUGUCCGGAGAACAUUGGCUUGGACUUAAAUACAUUCACGAGAUUGCUUCCCAAGGCGUCAAUCAGUUCCGUCUGGAUAUCGUUCGUUAUAACGGGAGCAAGGGCUUUGAUGUUUACGGCAAUUUCGGCUUAAAACCAGGACCUUUUUACGUAUUUCUCAUUGGAGCACGUUUACGCUUCAGUGGAUGUAAGUCACUCCUUGCGACCGUGCAUGGUUCACCAAACGGCGCUUCGUUUAGUACGUUUGAUCAAGACGCAGACGGCUAUGUUGGUGGCAACUGCGCAGUAUUUGACCAUUCAGGCUGGUGGCAUAACGAUUGUUCUACGUUGAACCCGAACGGAUUGUAUCUGCCUGGACAAACAAACGACGACGUCAUGCGCUACGCAGGAGAAGAAGGACUAAAAUCCACUACUUUGAUGUUUAAACCGAUUUAAUUAAAGAUUGGUUCCCACUGCCAAUCCGAUCAACUCGAUCAUCCCGAUCACCGAAAUUUUCAGACCAAACCCGACCAAGCUCGACUAAAAAAGGAAUACUCAACAUCUUUUCGACCUCUUGUCGAUAGCACACGACCCCAACACGACUCAUUCACGACGUCCACUCAACCAUCUUUCCGAUUUCCGUUCGAUUAUCUCGACCUAUACGCGAGCCCUAUACGAUCUCAGCUCGACCAAGUGGACCUCAGCUCGAUCGCCACCAGAUCUUCACACGACCAGAUUGUAAUGGUCGUACUACAGUCGUACAGUGCGAUCUAAAAUAACUCUGGUAUAGGUCGAGGAGAGGAUCGGGUACAGAGCUCGUGUCUGGUCGAAUAGCAAUCAGGAAGUGAUCGUGUACGGUCGAGUAGCCGUCGGAUAGCAGUCUAGUAAAUCUGUACAUGAAAUCGAAUAGAGGUCGAGUGGAUCGUGUUGCGAUCUAAAAUAACUCGGGUAGAAGUCGAGCGGAUCGGGUACAUAUCGUGCAAAAGAUGUCAAUCCGAUCGCCACUAGAUUGCUACACGAUCAACUCGAUCUUCUACUUGACUUAUACACGACCAUUUCCCGAGCGCUUCUCGAUCCAUUUCCUACUCGACCGCUACUCGAUAUUUUUUGACAUGUCAAAAUAUCGGGUAGGAAACCCGACCAAUGCCGACCUACCCGACCAACCCCGACCACUCAUGCCGACCGAACCAGACCAGUACCUGACCGCUUGGUCGUGCUUGAUCGAGUUGAUCUGAUCGGCAGUGGGAACCCAGCCUAAUGAUCAAUACGCUAUGUUAAAGAGAGGAUUUGAACAUAUCGAAUAAUAACAAUGUGUUGUUUAAUUAUAUUACAAAUAAGUUAUAAGGUUCUAGGUAGUUGAAAUUUAUCCAUGAAUUUAUUAUUACUAACUUUUGCCUUGUUUUAAUUUGAGAUGUUUUGCAAAACAAAAAUACAUUCACCUCAAUCGUUUUAUGGAAAUAAAAACAUGACCACAUUA